AUGCUUUGUUAUUCAGACUGCAACGAGAGGAAGAGGAGAGAGGAAGAGGAGAGAGGGAGAGGAGAGAGGAAGAGGAGAGAGGAAGAGGAGAGAGGGAGAGGAGAGAGGAAGAGGAGAGAGGAAGAGGAGAGAGGAAGAGGAGAGAGGAAGUGGAGAGAGGAAGAGGAGAGAGGAAGUGGAGAGAGGAAGUGGAGAGAGGAAGAGGAGAGAGGAAGUGGAGAGAGGAAGUGGAGAGAGGGAGAGGAGAGAGGAAGAGGAGAGAGGAAGUGGAGAGAGGAAGAGGAGAGAGGAAGUGGAGAGAGGAAGUGGAGAGAGGGAGAGGAGAGAGGAAGAGGAGAGAGGAAGUGGAGAGAGGGAGAGGAGAGAGGAAGAGGAGAGAGGAAGUGGAGAGAGGGAGAGGAGAGAGGAAGAGGAGAGAGGAAGAGGAGAGAGGAAGAGGAGAGAGGAAGAGGAGAGAGGAAGAGGAGAGACGAAGAGGAGAGAGGGAGAGGAGAGAGGAAGAGGCUGUUAAUGAAAACUUAUAACGAGAUCAACAAAAGGCAGCGCGGCGACUGCUAA